UCUUCCCCACCUCUCUCUCUCUCUCUCUCUCUCUCUCUUCCGGCGAUGGAGCUCUCGGCGGGCGGAACUUUUGUUCUCCGGCGGUUGGGAUUUCUCCUGGUGAUCUCUUCUUUCCUUCAGAUCACUCUUGUGCCUCCAACAGGUGCUCAGCAGUCCAAUGCUACAACAGUAAAGAUAUAUGCAGAAGGGUAUUGUUCCAUGUAUGGUAUUUGUGGACGCCGCGGUGAUGGAAAGCCAGAUGAGUUGUUGUCCUUGAAGAUCCAGAGUUUGUGUCCAACAAUCACUGGCAAUGUCUGCUGCACUGCAGAUCAGUUUGACACAUUACCGAGGGCAAGUCCAGCAAGCAAUUCCUUUUCUUGUGGGAUGCCCAGCAUGCUUGAGGAACUUUUUAAAUCUUUUCUGCGAGCUCUCUUGCUCUCCAAAUCAAAGCCUCUUCAUCAACGUGACUUCUGUGAUGAAGGUGCUCAAAAUUACAAAGAGUGGCUUGCAUUUAUUGGUCAUCAAGCAAAUCCCAAUGAACCUUGUUCACCAUAUGCAAUAGCCUUUCGAACAAAUCUUAAUGAUUCAGUCAGGAUGAAGCCUAUGAAUGUUACAGUUUAUUCAUGUGGUGACCCUUCUCUUGGCUGUUCAUGUGGUGAUUGUCCUUCAUCUUCUGUAUGCUUUGAUUCUGCUUCACCUGCUCCUCAUAAGAAACAAGCCUGUGCUAUUAGAAUUGGUUCUUUGAAGGUCAAAUGUUUGGAUGUUUCAUUAGCAAUUUUGUAUUUUCUCUUAGUUUCUGCUUUUUCAGUGUGGUGUUGGUUACACAGAAAACAAGAAAGAACAGGUCCUUCUAGAACAAAAACUUUGGUGAAUGUUAUGGGUGAAAAUGAGCUCCUUUCUGUUAAUAAGCAGGAAAUUUCUACUCAGGUUACUCAGAUCACUCUUGUGCCUCCAACAGGUGCUCAGCAGUCCAAUGCUACAACAGUAAAGAUAUAUGCAGAAGGGUAUUGUUCCAUGUAUGGUAUUUGUGGACGCCGCGGUGAUGGAAAGGUUUUGAACUGUCCUUAUAAUGUCCCUUCUAUGAAGGCAAUUCCUUUUCUUGUGGGAUGCCCAGCAUGCUUGAGGAACUUUUUAAAUCUUUUCUGCGAGCUCUCUUGCUCUCCAAAUCAAAGCCUUUUCAUCAACGUGACUUCUGUGAUGAAGGUCAAUGACAGUUUGACCGUUGAUGGCAUAGAUUUUUAUGUAACUAGUCAGUAUGUAGAGGAGUUAUUUAAUUCAUGCAAGGAUGUGAAAUUUGGGACUAUGAACACUCGUGCAAUGGAUUUUGUUGGUGCAGGUGCUCAAAAUUACAAAGAGUGGCUUGCAUUUAUUGGUCAUCAGGCAAAUCCCAAUGAACCUGGUUCACCAUAUGCAAUAGCCUUUCGAACAAAUCUUAAUGAUUCAGUCAGGAUGAAGCCUAUGAAUGUUACAGUUUAUUCAUGUGGUGACCCUUCUCUUGGCUGUUCAUGUGGUGAUUGUCCUUCAUCUUCUGUAUGCUUUGAUUCUGCUUCACCUGCUCCUCAUGAGAAACAAGCCUGUGCUAUUAGAAUUGGUUCUUUGAAGGUCAUUGGGAUAAUGUGGAACUAUCAAAGGAUAAUAGGCAAAGUAGUAAGGUCAAAUGUUUGGAUGUUUCAUUAGCAAUUUUGUAUUUUCUCUUAGUUUCUGCUUUUUCAGUAUGGUGUUGGUUACACAGAAAACAAGAAAGAACAGG